AUGACAAACCACGAAAAUAAUGAAGAGUUUUGGGACUCGCUAUCCGACCGCGAUGCCGUCCCUUGUUCCGGGGACACGUUCAUGAUCAUCGACCGGCGUGAUAGCCGCGCACUCACUCUCGUGGAUGGAAAGAUACACCUAGAAGCCGACAUCAGUCAGGCCGGGAAUUGCUACUGGGUCUGUGUCGAAACCAAUGGCUGGCUUGGAUUCUAUGAACAGGAGUUGGGGCGAUAUUUGGGGCACGACUUUUGGUGGAACUUUACGGCGGAUGCGUUACGCCAUGAACAGUAUCAAUAUUUCGAGACACGGAGGCACCCGGAUGGAGGAUACUUGUUGCUGGCUCCGUGCCUAGCAAAGCUUCUGCAAGUCACUGUCGCGAGAGACGGCAAAACCCUGACGACGACCGAGAGCGGCGGAGUGACAUGGGAGUUUAUCAAAGUGUAG